AUGGGGCUGCAAUACAGCGAGUCGGUAGCUCCUGGUUCCUCAACUGAGCGAGCACUUUACUGUCCAUCCUGCCACUCCUCAGCUCUGAGUGACCAUGUCAAGACCAGCCAGCAGGGAGCUCUGGGCUCCAUGACCUCUUUCUCGCCCACAGGGAGGCCCCAUCUGGCCCUUCCCCAGAACGUGACGCUGCUCUCCCAGAACUUCAGCUUGUACCUGACAUGGCUCCCAGGACCUGGCAACCCCCAGAACGUGACCUAUUUUGUGGCCUAUCAAAGCUCUUCCACCCCCAAACGGUGGCGGAAAGUGGAAAGGUGUGCAGGAACAAAGGAGCUGGUGUGUUCCCUGAUGUGCCUGGAGAAGCAGGACCUGUACAACAAGCUCAAGGCACGUGUACGGGCGGCUUCUCCCAGCUCCAGGUCCCGCUGGGUGGAAUCCAAGUACCUGGAUUACCUUUUUGAAGUGGAGCCAGCCCCACCCGUCCUGGUGUUCACCCUGACGGAGGAGAUCCUGAGUGCAAGUGCCACAUACCAGCUGCCACCCUGCACACCGCCACUGGAUCUGAAGUAUGAGGUGCAAUUCUGGAAGGAAGGGACCAGAAACAAGACCCUAUUUCCAGCCACUCCCCAUGGCCAGCCAGUCCAGAUCCCCCUCCAGCCAGGCACCAGUGGACACCACUGCCUCAGCGCCAGAACCCUCUACAUCUUCACUGUUCCCAGAUACAGCGAGUUCUCUAAGCCCACCUGCUUCUUUCUGGAGGCCCCAGGAGCCAACUGGGCAUUCCUGGUGCUGCCAUCAGUUCUGCUACUGCUGUUAGUAAUUGUCACAGGGGGUGUGAUCUGGAAGAGCCUCAUCGGGAACCCCUGGUUUCAGCGGGCAAAGACACCACGAGCCCUGAACUUUUCUGGACACAGACCCACCAUGGCAACCUUUCAGCCCAGUGGACCAGAGUCCCCAGAUGACUUAUUCCUGUGUCCCCAGAAGGAACUGACCAGAAGGGUCAGGCUGAGCCCUGGAGUCAGGGCCCCAGCCACCCCACAGGCAGGAGUGGAAAAGGACAGAGCUGAGGACGAGGAGGAUGAGGACACAGACAGCAUCAGCUUCCAGCCCUACAUUGAAUCACACACCUUCCUGCGGCAAGAGCACCGGGUUCCAGGGCACUGUGAGGCUGAGGGGGUGGACUCAGUGGGGCCCUGGACUCCCCUGGUCCAGCUUGAAGGCUCCUCUGCUUGGGAUUCUUCAGACAGAAGCUGGGCCAGCACUGUGGACUCCUCCCCCUGGGAUGAGGCUGGGUCCUCUGGUUAUGGGGCCAAGAAGGCACCAGGCCGUGGGCCAGGUGGGGACAGGCAUCAGGAGCCUCUCCUACCUGAACUCUCCGAGGACUCAGGUUCCCUUGAAAAGCACCUAGAAGAUGACCUUUCCUUUGGGACCACCUGGGGCUCUUCAUCCCCAGAGCUGAAUCUGUUCCCUGGGGAGCCCCCAGUUUCUCUCCAGACACUGACCUUCGGCUGGGACAUCAGCCCAGAGGAGGAGGAGGACGAAGAGCGUGGGAGAGAAUCAGAAACUGAGGACAGUGGCACUGGCAGCUGGGAGGCUGAGGGCACCGACAGGACCGAGGUCAGGGGCAGGAUGCUGGGGCAUUACAUGGCCAGGUGA